GUGUCCCCCGCGGCCAGGACAUACCUCCCACCACCCCAAAGCCAGGGCGGCCUAUUUCCCUAUUUCUAGGACCAGGGCGUCCCCACCUCUCCCUCCCUGGGAUCAAGGCAUCCCUCCCCGGGGUCAGGGCAUCCUUUCCCAUCGGGACCAGCAUACCAACACUGUCCCGGGGCCCAUGACAUGCCCCCAGAGAAUCAGCCCCACAUUUCCAUCCACUAUCGAGCUCCUGUGCUGGAGCCAGCCCGAUGGGAUGUGUUGUUGCUGGCGGGGGUCUCCUCCUUGAUCAAAGCCAGGGGAGUAUUUUCAGCCUCUCCCCAAAAUCAUCAGCAGCUUUUUUGAGAAGGGUGGACCAAGUGGUAGGGUGCCUUCAUCCUCCUUCAGCCUGGAAUAAAGGCAGUUUCCAGCUGGUCAUGUGGCUUUUGCCAACUCCUCUUAGCUAAAGAAUGACUUUGAAGGAGAGCCAGAGCUGGCAGGGAGUGUGGGGCCCCAGGUGCCAGGGCUGCUGGGAUACCUGGGGGCCAUGGGAUGGGUGUUCCAGGCCUGGAAAUCUGGGAACACACAAUGGAGCAUCCUGGUCCCUGUCAACACAUGCUGGUCACUGCCAUGGAUCCUCUUCCCAGUGGGGAAGGGAGAGGCAGCUCCAGCCAGGAGGGAGCAGCAGGAAUUUUGUUUGGCUGCUUGGAGAGACUGUGGUUAAGGGGUGCAGAGACAGGGGAGACGUGUCCCUCAGGAAUGACAGGGGGUCUCUGGGAUUGGCUUAGUAAAGCUCCAGCAAGCAUGAGAGAGAGCUGGGAAUCAUGACUGCUGCUGUAUGUGCCAUGGAGGGCACAGGGCUGAGCCCCCCAUACCACUAGAGGCUCUGGGGAGGGGGCCAAACCCUUGCCAAACCUUUGGCAUCCUCCUGGUCCCAACAUGAGGGGAGGAGGGAAAUCCAAGCAAACCAGCUCCAUGCUAUCCUUAGAGCCCCAACAGCAUGAGGCAAAGGGGAUAAUCAGUGGCAGGUUUGGAGAUCACUGGGGGAUGAGCGAGACACUCUCUGACCAAACUGAGCUAUGGCCUUUCCUGUCAGCACCCCACAUACUGGCUGGUGGCUUGGUGAGCAGGAGGGAGCAAAGGAUGUCUUACUCCAGUGACUGCUAGUUAGGAAGGGAUGGCUGUAUCCCACCAGGACCUUGGGACACAGCAUGGCCUCAUGCACCCGAGACAGGAGCAGGUCUCAAAUCACAGGCAGGGGUGAGCAGGGAAAGGACUGGAGGUUGCUGUUCAACAUUGAGAAGACAUCCUGAUGUUGGCCAGAGCUGCUUUGUGCCUCAGUUGACCUCCUAAGAUUAAAGAGGGCUCUCCCCUCUCAGGGGUUUUUGGGAUUUCAGGAUCCUUGGGGCAAUUGUGGAGACAGAACCUGAGGUCCCUGCAGUGGGCUUGGAAGGUUGAAUCCAGCCCUUGGUGGUUGGUGUUGGGUGCUAUAUGCAUGUCAGAGGGGACUGGGCACUUCUGUGCUGGGGCAGGAUGACAUGGCAGAGGCUGCUGGCAGAUGAGCUCCCAGUUCACCCUGUCCUCCAGAACAGUGCCAAUACAACUCCUCCUGGCUUGGCAGCUUGGCUCUGCACCCGUGGUGACUCCUUCGCCGGGUAGCACGAGCUGGCAGCAGUGGGGGAGGUAGAAGAAUGGCCUCCAUUGAGCGUCCUGCCUGAGGUCCCCAGGCUGCAAACCCAGCUAGCUGUGGUGCAGGUGUGCAUUCAUCCCUUCCUCCGUCCCAUGGGGAAUUCCUCCUGCUCUGCCCUGUUGUGACAGUGUCCUCAGCUGCCCCUGACCAGAAGCCCUUGAGCUGGGCCUGGGGGAUGAUGGGUGCCAUCGGGGGCUCCAGACAUCUCUGCCCCUCCACUCCUGAUCAGCCAAGGACUGUGCCUGGUACAUCAGGGGUGCCAGUGCUGCCUGCAGCUGCCAACAGCACUGCACAGUGAUUCCUUCUGUGUUUACCACCCAAACACUUGUCUCUGCUUGCACUGUGCCCACUGGUUGACUCACGGACCCCUUCGUAAAAGCCCUUGUGUCCUUCCCUGGAUCAUGCCUGCUCUGCACCAGCCCUGCAUUCUGCGUCCUGCAGCUGUGAGCUGGCACCAAGAUGAGCUGCUCUACCCUGGGCACUUGAACGAGCAUCUUCCCACACUUGCCCAGUGAUGUUUCUAAAGCGUUUCAUGCUACUUCAGUUUCCCCUUCCUAAGACUCUGCUAGGUUUGCAAGCCUGGAGCAUCCAGGCAUCCAACCCUGGCUUCCUCCAGAGGCAGGGAAUAGCUCUGCUCUGGAGAGCUUGGUGCACCUGGAUUUGACACAGAGAAGGGCCAUGGGAGGCUUUGGUGCACUCCAACAUUCUCCCCACUGGAGAAGCAUUGCAAGACUCCCCUGAGCAGGGGGUUUGGCUCCCACCUCAGCCCCAGUCUGCUCCCAGCCAGUUCAUCCUGGCAGAAUCCCAUCUGAUGACCUGACCCUGGUGUCAGGAAAUCAGCCUUGACAUCAGGUGAAAACCUUCGACAGAGCUCAAGCAGAGAGAGAGCCUCUUUAAUUCCUCCGAGGCUUCAUCCCUGCCUUUUCUGCUGCUCACGCCCUCUAAAUAUUUCCAGCCUGUUAUCAUGGCUCUGGUACCUGCAGCCAAGCCGCCCUUAACCCUUUCCUGAUGCUGGGACCAGCAUGUGCUCAGAUGCUUGGGCUGGCAGCACCACAGCCCCUUGCCCUUUGGUUGAGUGCGGCUGAGUUUGUCGUAGUGCUUGGAUGGGGUUGAAUUUGUUGUGGUGCUCGCAGGGCAAAUCAGGGCUGUACAGGUAAGAAAAGAUGAGGAGAUGGGGAGAGCUCUAAACCAGAGCAGGAUCUGGCUGAUGGGGCUGCAGGGAGACUUGUGAUGCAGGGGACCAGGGCAAGACCCUGCAUGAGCUAGGGAGGGUUUGGAAAGCCACAUGCCUCGUUGUGGGAUUGUUGUGGUUUAGCACACAACCGGCACAAGGGUUUAUGGGAUUUAGGUCACCUCAGCAGGAGGUGGGUCCUGUCUUUGGCUCUGUGGGGAGCUGGGCACCCUCACACAUCUUGCCUGGUUCUGAGCCAUGGGGAUGGGCUGACGUGCUACAUGAUGCUUCAGCCCCUCCUUUGCUGAAACAGUCCUUGCAAGAGCCAGUGAGGCAUUUUCCAUGGUUAAUAGAAGCUGCUGGGAUCCAAAGAGCCUCUCACCUCCUCCUACUGUCUUGCUCAAACCCUCCUGUCUGGGGCCAGCCAAAACCCUGCUUGGCAGCAAAGCCAUUGAGACCACAGCCCUGGAAGGGGACUGGUUGGACGCUGUGGCUCUUGGAUCCCCAGGAUGCCUCCAGCUCCUUUCCCAGCCCUGGGAGCUUGGAUCCCACCCCACACAUCUGCACAGCAGAGCUGCAGCCUUUCCAAGGGCAGCUGGGCUGGGGGAGUGGCAGCCAUGCUUGGCUAAUGAGCUCCAUUUGUUUUCUCUCUUUGCUAUUGCAGAGCCUGGAUGGGGACCAAGCUGUGCUCCAGAGGAUCAGGAAAUAUGUGAAAGCCAUUCACAUCUCUGGGCUCACUCAUGUGGAGAAUGAGGAACAGUACAGCGAGGCCCUGGAGAACUUUGGCAACAACCACCUCUCCCAGAACAACCAUGAGCUCUCCACCGGCUUCCUAAACCUGGCUGUCUUCACCCGCGAGGUUACUGCACUCUUCAAGAACCUGGUGCAGAACCUGAAUAACAUCGUGUCCUUCCCCCUGGACAGCCUGUUGAAGGGGCAGCUGAAGGAUAGCCGCCUGGAUUCCAAGAAACAGAUUGAAAAGGCCUGGAAGGAUUAUGAGACCAAAGUGGGAAAGAUGGAGAAGGAGAAGGAACGAGCCCGCUUGGCUGGGGUCAUCCAGGCUGAGCCAGCAGCAGCGGAGAUGGCCGAGGACAUGCAGAAGGAGCGGCGGCUCUUGCAGUUCCACAUGUGCGAGUAUCUGCUGAAAGCCAGUGAGUCUCAGAUGAAGCAGGGACCAGAUUUCCUGCAGAGCCUCAUCAAGUUUUUCCAUGCUCAGCACAAUUUCUUCCAAGAUGGCUGGAAGGCUGCCCAGAACCUCUACCCCUUCAUUGAGAAGCUUGCUGUGUCUCUCCAUGCGCUCCGCCAAGCACAGGAGGAGGAGGUGAAGCAACUCACGCAGACCCGCGAUUCACUCCGCAGCGUCCUGCAGCUGGAGAACAAGGAGGAAAACUUGAGCAGGAAGAACUCUGGCAGUGGCUACAGUAUCCACCAGCACCAAGGCAACAAGCAGUAUGGGACAGAGAAGUCAGGAUUCCUGUACAAAAAGAGUGAUGGGAUCCGCAAAGUAUGGCAGAAGAGGAAGUGUGGUGUGAAGUACGGCUGCCUGACCAUCUCCCACAGCACGAUAAACCGUCCCCCUGUGAAGCUGAACCUCCUCACCUGCCAGGUGCGGCCCCAUGCUGAGGAGAAGAAAUGCUUUGACCUGGUGACACACAACAGGACAUACCACUUCCAAGCAGAAGAUGAGCAGGAGUGUGUUGUGUGGGUUUCGGUACUGCAGAACAGCAAGGAUGAAGCCCUGAGCAAUGCCUUCAAGGGAGAUGGGGGCAGCGGCGGGAUGGCAGCAGGCAUUGGGUUGGACAGCAGCAUGCAGGAGCUUACCAGGUUGGUUAUCAGUGAGGUGAAGAACAUGCCAGGAAACAAGCAGUGCUGUGACUGCGGUGCCCCAGAUCCCACAUGGCUCUCUACGAACCUUGGCAUCCUGACGUGCAUCGAGUGCUCUGGUAUCCAUAGGGAGCUGGGCGUGCAUUAUUCCCGCAUCCAGUCCCUCACUCUGGAUGUUCUCAGCACCUCUGAGCUGCUGCUGGCUGUUAGCAUUGGGAACACUCGCUUCAAUGAGAUCAUGGAGGCCAUGCUACCCACACAGAACUGUCCCAAGCCCUCGGCCAGCAGUGAUAUGGCGGCACGCAAGGAAUACAUCAUGGCCAAGUACAUGGAGCGACGCUACGUGCAGAAAAGCGGCCAGGACAACCCCCACAGCCUCUGGGAAGCCAUUCAAGCCCGUGACCUCCUGGCCCUGCUCAAGGCUUUUGCCGAGGGGCAUGACCUGACCAAGCCCCUGGCCAGCCCUGAGGGUCAGGAUGCAGGUGAGCUGCCGCUGCACGUGGCCGUGCGCCACGCUGACAGAUCAUCCCUUCCCUUGGUGGACUUCAUCAUCCAGAACGGGGGAACACUGGACCGGGUGACGCAGGACGGGAACACGGCCUUGCACUAUGGUGCGCUCUACAACCAGCCCAACUGCCUCAAGCUGCUCCUGAAAGGCAAAGCCACCUUCACCACAGUGAAUGCGGUGGGAGAGACAGCUCUGGAUGUGGCGAGGAGGCUGAAGUACAGCGAGUGUGAGGAGCUGCUGGAGCAGGCGCAGGCAGGGAAGCUCUCCCUGCAAAUCCAUGUGGACUAUGAUUGGGAGCCCCCAUCAGAAUUCCCCUAUGACAGCGAGGAUGAGCUGGAGGAGAAGGUGAGCCCCCUCCAGCGCUCCUUCAAGGGCACAUCACCACUAGCUGCCAGCCUGCUGCCCACCUGCCCCCAGACCCGCUGGAGCUGCAUGGGGAUGGACAUUACCAACAAGACCUAUGAGAGCAUCCUGGUGCCCUCACGCCCUGCAUCCUGCCGGGCCCACAGCGAGGAGAUUCCCCCACCACUGCCCCUCAAAAACCCUACACGGGGCAGCUCUCACCCCAAACCCAGCCACAGCCCCACUGGUGAGUCAGAGUGGGGGGUCAUCAUAGUGGGCCUGUGCCUUCCCCCAGAUACCAAGUUUAUUGUCCCCAUUUUGUUUGUUCCCCCAGAGCGCUCUGAACUGCCCCGACAGGCAUCAGAGCCCCACUUCUCUGUGCCAGCAGAGGCACUGGCAUCACACAGCCUGCCUUGUGCCAGCAGCACGGGUGCCCUGGAUGGCACCCCCAGCACCCGCAGCCCCACUGAGAGCCAGCGGGCAGCGUACUGGGAAACCCGCUCCGAGAUGGACACUAGUGGCAGUCGGCGGGGGCCAGAGCGGAGUCCCCCACCCACACAGCCCCUGCCAGGCAGCACAGUCCCUGAUAUCCCCCCUGUCAAGUUCAGCUCAGAGAGCACCCGCUCGUACCGGCGCAUCAGUGGCAUGGUGGGCAAAAUGGGCUCGGCUGGGUCCCCCCAGAGCCCUGGUGGCCCCGAGGAUCCUGCUCUCAGCAAGGUGCCCCCUGUGCCCAUGCCCAGGAGAUUUGCUCCGGCCAAGGGGAGGCAGAAGCGGGUAAAAGCAGUGGCUGACUGCAAGGGGGACAAGGCGCGAGAGCUGACCUUCUCCAAGGGGGAGGUCAUUGUGGUGACACGGGAGGAGGACGAGCAGAUCUGGGUUGGCUUCAUCGAGGGUGAUGGCACCCGCACUGGAGUCUUCCCUGCCAGCUUUGUCCACCUCUUGCAAGACUGACUGUGUAGGGGUGGCCCAUUUGUCACUGUCCCAUUGGCUGGGACUAGAGGCAGAUCUCUGCUGGGGCUUGGUAGAGCCAGGCCACAAGGGACUUGUGCCCAGGAUCCUGGCAUGAGACCAGUACCCUCCAAGGGGACCUAGAAGACCCCCCUGCAUUGGGAAAACCAUCUAUGGAUGGCGGCAGUGGGGAGCUGAGGAGCAGAGAAUGGAAGUGCUGGUGGGCUGAGGUUUCUGUGCCAGUCUCUGUUCCCUCUGCUCUUCCCUCCUUCCUGUGGGCUCUGCCCAUCCCUUGCGUUUUCUUCUUCCUUCUCUGCAAGGAAUUUGAGAUGGGUGAGUUGUAUUUGGUGUCCCCCACCCUCUGCCAGAUAGUCAUGAAGUCUCCUCCUCAUCCUGGUGGCAGCCAUGGACUGCCAGCCUCCUUCUGUACCCCAACUGUGAAGCCUUUGGGAUGGGCAAGAAAUAGGAGGGUGGCAGUUUUUCGUGUCCAUGCCUCACCCAAGGUUCUGGGAGCUGGACUUGUAAAGUCUAGGAAUGCUCCCAAGUUUCUCCAAAACUGAUAGCAAAAUUCCCUGAUAGCCAUUCCCUGAUUUGGAAGUGGGGGGAUGUUUCAGGUGGCACCACAGAGCCUCUUCCCCAUGUCCCUCAUGUGGGGUGGGUGCUGGAUCACCACCCCUUCCCUUGGUGGGGCGCUCUCAGAGGGGGUUUUGCAGCUUUUUCUAGGACCAGAAUACCCCUAUACCAGUGUCCCUUGGGAGCCUGCCUCCAUCCCCCCUCACUUUACCCUUCUCAUUUGUGUGUCAAAUGCUUCAUCUCAAAAAAGUCUUUUUAAAAAUGUUUUCUGUCUGUUUUCUAAUAAACCAUCAUUUUUUAAGCA